AUGUCGAAAUCACCCAGAGGAGAAGAUUCAUCCGUCGCUUUAACAAAUGGCGAGCAAACUCAGGAAGGGAACAAUGAAAGGUUUGCACAAUAAGUUCAAAUUUAUGUACAACCUCCAGAGAGUUCUGACACCAAAAGCACAACUGCAGAUCGAUUUACAAUGUAAUCUGUUUACAUUAGAAUUUUGAUAGAUAUUUUCCUCUUUAUUUCCAUUUGACUUCUUCUAGUUCACACAGAUGCCUUAAAGGAUAACCAAUUUUUUCUUUUUUCGUGUAGUAAAUAAGUAUCGACUGCAUCGGGAGAUUUAUCGAAGCCAAAUUAGAAGUUUGCACGAAUGCUAUUUAGAUUUAAUUAAACUCCAGUCUAAACUUAUUCGAUUUUUCCAUAUGAUACCUGUAUAUGUGCGAUAAAAUAACCUUAAAUUUCACGUGAAAUUCAUCGAUUGUCUGUAUAUCCACUGCAUUUAUUUACAGAUAGAUUCAAUGGUGCUAUGCGUCUGUUUUGUAAUCGAUCACUGAUGCUGUCAAAUUGUGGUGAAAACAAAAAAAGUAGCUCACGAGGUGCAGCUGAGUGUUUCACUGAUGUUCUUACCACAUUUUGACGUCUUCUAUCAUAUACUACCGUUAAAGGUAAAAUUUCCGCACAGCCCCAUCCUACAUUAUGCAUUCAGUUCUUGGAUAGAGAAAACAAUGACAAAAACAAUACAUUUCCAUUGGGAAAACGGAUUUGUUUUACAAUAGUGUGGGGCUGUGCAGAAAUUUUACCCCGUUAAACCCACGGCAGCAUAGAAUCUAUUUGUCUUGUAUGACUGAUAAAAAAAGGAAAUUUUGUCAUUGGUAAUGUCAUUUAGGUGACUGUCCUUCAAUAGAUCAUAAGUAAGACCGUGUUGAAAUAGGUGCAUUGUUCAGUUUAUUUUAUAUUCAUCCAUAUAAUAUGUAUAAAAGAUACAAUCUUACAAUUUAAGUGAAGUUAGUAUGUAUAAUUAUCUACUUUAUUGAUAACAAUAUAAAUUUAUUGUAUACUCUUACACAGGAAAAUUGAUCCAAAGAUGACAACAUUCAAUGGUGGUUAUAAACUGGUCAACAGGCUGACAAUGCACGACUUGAAAGCAGUCCAGGAUGCUUUCAUGGUACGGGUUAUUUUGUUAUAUCAUAUGAAAUAGUAGAAUAAUGCUUUGUAUGUGCGAAAUUGUAUUUUUUUAUAACUCUCCAUAUCCAAAGUCUAUCAGUUUCUGAUGCAUAGCCUGAAAUCCAGACUCUAGUUUUCUAAAGGGUGGAUAUGUCUAUUUGGUGGUUAGUACAGUACAUUUUUUGAGCACUUAUCAACUGGAUAGGAUUUUUUUCCACCCUGUAAACAGCAUGGCCCAGAAGCACAAAUAAUUGCAAAACCUGGACUAUAAUUUUUGUGAUUACUUUAGAUAAACCAAUCAGGCCACGAACGUGAACUCAGCCUGGAUGUGAAUCAGUUCUGUGAAAUUCUCUCCAUUGUGCUCAACAAAGGUUCAAGAGAAGAAUAUGAAGAUCUGUUUAACAAAGUUGAUGUGGGAAAGGAAGGUUAUGUUGACUGGGACAAAUUUUGCUCUCAUAUGCUGCUAGAAUACUAUGAAAAAGAUGAUAGGAUGAAAACUACUCAGGUAAGGAGCAUGUUUUUAUUCUUCUGUGUACAUACUGUAGAAUUCUGCUAACUAAUCUAACUCAUUUUACUAAAAGUUUGCUCCGUCUCAAACAAAAUGCAAUUUUCCAUGGAUUUGAAUCCAUUUUUUCAGUCAUUAACUCAAACUUGUCUGGUAAACUUGAACUCCUCAUUAACUGGAACUAAUUUUACCUUCUCUUGGCUCAGAGUUCGGGUAGCGCCAGGUUCCACUCCCUACACCCCAAAGGUUUCUAUCUCUCCAAAGGUAGUGAUUUCAUGACCUGGGUUGGGAUGCUUUACCAGCUAGCAUGCCUUUAAUCCUGGUUUUAUCAUGGCUUUCCUUUUGAUGGCCCAAACUGGCUAGACCCUGUCUACUCAGAAACCUUCUUGUGGAUAAAUUUGCUGAAUAUGGCCAAUGAAAAAUUACUUGAGGAGCAACUGAGGUCAGACAAGGGAGUUAUGAUCUCAGUAUAAAUUGGAAUCAUUGGAUCUAAGUAAACUGGGUAUUGUCUAUUGAUAAGCAAUCAGGUUUAAUAAUCCAGGUGAGGCCAGGAAAAGUUAUUGGCUUUGAAAGUAGGUAUAUUAAGCCUUUUUGAGAUAUGAUUAAUUUUAUCUUUUGCAAAGAGUUCUCCUUCAGAGAAUUUCUAGGAUGUGAAAUCUGUGCAAUAAAGUUUGUUUUCAGUUACAAGUGUUUCUUUUGCCUCAGAUAGGAAAAAAUAGCCACUAAAAAUUACUGGUAUAACAAAAGCUUCUGUUUCCAAAAUUUCAGUUUAGCCCUUAACUUUGUCUUUGCCCUUCUUGAUUUUCACAGGUUCCUCAAUGGCGAGAACUCAGGAAUAUUACAAGGUUGAAAGUUGUUUAAUUUUUGUUAAAAACUUUAAUCGUGUACAGAGCAGCUUUCUUGAUUUUGUGAACCAACACACUGACUUUACAACACAAAAUUCCGAAGUUGUUUUGAUUAUAGAGCUUUAGAUGUAUCCUCAAGAUGUAUAAUGUAUAUUAUUUUAAGAGAAAAAUGUAUUUUAUUUUCAACAUUCCAGUCCUCACAAGGAACCUGUUAUUAGAAUAUCUCCAUUGAUGAAUCCAUCAAGAUACAUUGUAGUUAGUAAGGUAAGCAACUGUUGUCUUCUACAAAGAGCAAAUACAUAUUUCUCUGCCAACAAGUACAUUGAAGGAAAGAAUUGUCAGUUCCUUUGAAUUCCUUUUCAGUCACUCAUUUUCAGUUCUACCAAUGCACAGUGCAUCCUGGUCUUUACAUUUAAAUACUGGUGUAAUGACACUAAUGUUCUUUAAUAUUUAUUAUAUCUAUGAGUCAGUGUAUACGCUACGAUUGGUCAAUUUGGCGGGACAUAUUUACUGUACAGCCUGCUAAAUUUAAAAGUUUGUUUUGGUCACCAGAUUGUAACUUAGAGAUAUGAUAAAUAUUUUACAGUCUGUGCUGUAAGUUACAAAACCUGGUUUUUUCUGCUCAGAUUUAUGGCCCAUGUGCUUCAUGCUCGGGCCCUAUAUCCGUGUGGAAGAAGCUUGGUCUGUAAGUUACAGUAGGAACCUUGAACCUGAUUAAUAGGAGGUAUGCAAUACUGAAACCAAGCAUGUACUACUACCAGAUGAACUGUGUAUAUGUGCAACUCAUAGUGUACCUCUUUCACUUGUCUCAGUAAGUCUCCACAAACACUUUCAUGGCUACCAAUUCACUUACCAGAAAUUCUAGAGGUAGUGAUCUGGCUGUCAAUCAUUUAAUUGACAUUUUUUUUGUCUUCUAUAAUUUUACAGGAAGGAGUAAUAUCCCUUUGGGCACAGAACAUGAAGCCAUUAAGAACUGUACAGGUAAGGAGGGUUCCAAGAGCUCCUCUUUUAUAUUUUCUUUUAAUUUUGUUAGAGGGACAUGCAGCUUUCACUGUCUUAUGUCAUGAACUCCUCCCUUUGGGAGUUAAUUAAUUUAUGCUGAAAAUUUUUAAAAAAAAUUCAUAGAGUCAAAUAAAUAUCCAUUUCUUGCCAGGUCCAAACUGAUCAAGAUGAAGUAAAACAAAGAGAUCUGUGGGUGACAGACUUUAUACCAAUGCAAAAUAUUUACAAACUGGCUCUUGCUCUUACAAGCAAAGAAAUUGGUAAGAUAAGUGAAGAUCAAAUCAGCAUAACACAGCCAGUAUACAUGUGUUUCUGUCUGACGAUGCUGAAUCAACACAAUAAAUUAUAAUACUGACAAAUCAUAAAUACAUGUAAUCACUGAUAGAGUGGGUAGGUGUAUCUCAAUAUCUGAACUAGACAGGCUUGUCAAUGGUCAAUGGAAUCAUGAUAUUGCAUCACAAUAGUCAGUAGUAGUAACACUUUUUCCUUAUCAACAAGAUGUGUAUAUUUAUGUGAUCAUAUUAUUCAUGCAAGUUGUGUAAGCCUGAGCUUUUGCUCUAAUGAAGGACCACUGCUUAAAACAUUAGCUUUAGAAACUCUUUACCAUGGCAAAUUUACAUUUAUCAACUCAGUUGAUGAAACCAAACUUAUGUUGUAACAUCCUCCAUUGAAGCAACACCACAGUUUCUGAGCUUAUCACUGCCAGAUGAAUGAUACACACAGAUAGAAAAGACCUUUGAGACAUCACUUUAUCAAAUAUACUUGAAUGUAUAUAUGCCAUAGCUAUCAAUUGCUCCAAUUUAUGAUGAAAGUAAAUUGUGAAGUUCAACAAAUCGCCUGGUUAUUUUUUCAGCCAUUUAUGACUUAAGUUCCAAAUCAGAAUUCAACUGCCAGUUCAGAAUACAAGGCCUGGAACAUACACCUUUGUGUAUGGAUUACUGGUAUGUCCUUUAAUUCAGCUAAUUUUUAAUAAAAGUUAACUUUAAUUUAGCUAAUUUUUAAUAAAAGUACUUGUGUCUUACAGUUACCAGUAAUCUCAAUUUAUUUCAAAUGAUUGGAAGUAAUUUUAUUCUAAAUUUUAUGUUUACAUUUUGUUAUGAAGAAUUGUCUUUAACCCUUUAACUCCCAUGAGUGACCAAGACAGAAUUUCUCCUUACAAUAUCAAUACAAUUUGGGGAUAAUUAGUUGAUCCAAUACUAGAUUCUCUGAACUCACAUUAUAAGAAUUCUACUGUUGACAGUAAGGAGAAUUACAAAUUUGAUCUGGAAGUUAAAGGGCUAAAUUACAUACCACAUGAAUAGCAAACCUGGUGUACACAAUGGGUUGGUUAUUAAUUUCAAUCAUAAUUUUGUUGUUAACAGGAGUAACCCAUACAAAACAAAUGAAGCAAUUCUUGUUUAUGGAGAUGUUCAUGGCCAGGUUAAUGCACUGCUGUUUUCAGCAGCGACAAUGGCUUUGUUUGAUCGACCAUCGCAACCAGCAGGAAGUAAACAAGGUGGAGCAUUUUCCUGUUUGAUGAAGUGUUGAUGUAGUCUGCAAGUAACUUCUGCUUAGAAUGAUGGCUGAAUUUUUCUCCUUUGUGUUCCCAGACAAGUAGCUGACCAGAAAGAGUUAUUAAUCUUUACUACCCUCUCAUUGAUUAGCAUGUAUAUUCUCCAUAUUGUUCUCCAAACAAUUCCUAAGAUACUGGCAAGGAGAAUUUGUUUAACAUUGUUGCACUUCUUGUGUAUGUGAUCAUUUCUGAUAUUCUCAUGACCAUAAUGUGUGAUUAAGGAGUGAUAUUGUUGGGAGAAAUAAGAUUCUAGUCACUCUUAGGGAUCAAAGGGCAAGUGGCAAUUUCAAAUUUCGCUGGUUGAUACCUGCAGUAUGUUUAGUCUCUGGCAUUUUUCUCUUUGGUAGUUACACAUACUACAAUAUUACAGCAUGUUACAGAAAUCUAGAUGUAUUUUCUCUAUGUCUACUACCAAUUUUUUGCAGAUGUUUGUUUGAAUGUAAAUAUUAAUGAUGUAAAUAGAGGUCACUACAAGAAUGCAAGAUUUGUGAAGCAUCAGGGACACACAGAGUGGGCAAGACAAGGUAAGUUGAAGGAAACUAGAAGCCCUGAGGAAAACAGUGAGCAUGCAAUAAAACUAUUGAAUGAAUGGAAACUGCAAGCAACCAAACAACAGUCAAGUUAUGACCAGAAAAAGAUGUGCAGAAUGACUGAUGUGCAUCUCUCAGUUAGCAUUAGUAUGUUGUCAGGAAUGGUCAAUUAAACAGGCUGUAUUUCACUGUACAGCCCACUAAAUCCAAAAGUUUGUCUGAAUUAAAAUCUUUCCCCUCAAUUUCCGUGUAGAACUAACCUCAUUUUCUUUGUUGCUACUGAAGUUAGCAGAACCUUGUUUUUUUCACUUGGAUUUCUGGCCCAUGGGCUUUGUGAUUAGGCAAUUAAUCUGAGUGGAAAAAAACUUAAUUGGUCACUCUGUGACUUACAGAAUGGACAUUGAACCUGUUAAAUGUAACUCAGUUUUCUUGUUGUUACAGUUAUGUACUCAGCUCAUUUGGACUGCUUCAUAUCAUGUGCCACCAACUACAAGAACUCUCUAGUGCUUGGAUGGAUAGAAAAAUCCAAAAUGAAUAUGAGAACGUGAGUGUCUGACAAAUGACAGGAAAGAAACCAAUUGCACUGUAACUAUCUCCUGUUGUUCUUCACAAAUCCUUAGAAAAGUUUUCCAAGGAUUUAUAAGGAACAAUGAGAGAUACUUACAGUGCACUCGAUUUCCAUCCUGUCAUGAUUAACACUUAAAAAGACAAGAAAAUUAUUUGAAGAUCACUUGUGUUGUAAAAUGUCAGAUCACACAUUGUUACAAGCCAUAAUUGAUCAUUUCAUUUCCCUUUAAUAGAACACAGUUUAAGAUCCCUCAAGGUGUGAAUGCAUUUGACUACAGUGAAAGAAUCAACUUGAUUGGUGAGGUUUUGUCUCUUUCUUGAUUUCAUGUAGCACACACUUUGUUUUUGGAUGAUAAUAAAAAAAUUCCUUAUUUCAAAAUGUUAAAAUGCACCUGUACUUUUACUAUUCACUUGGAAUGACACAGACACCUAAGCUUACUGUUAUUAGAGAACUUUCCUUUGUUGUUUGUACAUUUUGAAACCCUUAUCUACAAAUAAUUUUUAAGGUUGACUUUUAUAUAUUCCCUGUUAAUCUGUACCCAUCCUCAACAAUUCCCAUUCUUAUUCAUUUUCUUUUGCCUGUGUUGCUUUUCUUGUUUGUUUUUUUACUGACCACGUACUUCAUUCCUGUGUUGAAGUUUGCUCAAAAUAUUUCACACAAUAUAACUCCAUCAAUCUCAGUCAUUUUUUAAAGUUCCUAUCUUAGGUACAAUCUGUUUAUAAGGAUUCUCUUAUCCUUUUUUAGCCACAGCAGGAGUCAAUCAUCAUGUGUGCCUAUGGAAUCCUUAUGUCAUCUCCAAACCAGUUGGGGUAAAGUUUCUUUUGGUUGUGUUUUGGAUAGCUAAUUACUGGGUCAUGUGGCCAAGUAGCAAAAUGGUCCAGGAUAACAGAUAACUUCAACAGACAAUUGUAUCUAAAAAAUGUGAAUACCUGUAUUAUUGAUGGCAAGAGGAAAAGCCACCAUGUUGUAGAAAAACCCUUUAUGUCUGUCUUUCUUUUGUUUUGUGAAUUCUCAAUUGUUUUGUGGUAUAGUAUUACCGCUUUGCCUUAAUUUUUGUGAUGUUGUGUUUUCAGGUUCUCAGAGGUCAUAUGCAAAGUGUUAUUUCAGUGAGAUUCAUUGAAACAAGAGGCCAGCUCAUCAGCUUGUCAAAAGACAAAGUAAGCUAUCACUCAUUUUAUCUACUCGAUGUUGUUGUGUUGUUAAGCUAUCUGUUGAACUUACAGGUAUUAUAUAGUAGUCGAGUGAUCAGCACAUUGUGUAACUCAGUGCCACUAAAUUUCAUCUUAAAAUUUUUUAGUUCAUAACAACAUCAUUGGACAGAUUCAUUUUUCAAGACAAUUAAUGAAGUUCUCAUUGAGUGUCUUAUAUAGUGGGGAUAAAAGAAAAUUUUUUCAAAAGUGCAUUUCUGAGUACUUCAACUGACAUGUUCUUUUUCCUGUAUGAAUCAGGUUCUCCGGAUCUGGGACACCCACCUUCAAGUUUGUCUUCAGCGUCUAUCAGGAAUGUUUCCCAAAGGUCCAUCAGAAGGUAACAGACUUGUGUUUCUCAUAUUAACAACAGAUAUGUCAUUGAAAUUUAAAAGUAGUUUGUAAUUUGUAAGGCAAACUAAAUGGCAGCUUACCAUCAAAAUAUAUUGCCCUAUUGGAUGAGGUUUGUUAUUUGGUACUUGAAAGUUGUGUUUCAUUCAUGAGACAGAAAUGACCUCCUCAUGAUCAGUAUAUCUCCAUACAGUUUGUAGUCUUUCUACAUGUAUAUUCGGAUCUAAUAAACCUCCAACUUGAUUCUAGUUUUCAUCGUAUUGCUACUAAGUAAAUUAUUUCGCUUGAACUGUAAUUAAAUCAGGUAGUGGAGCAAAAGGCUAAGAAGUCUCCAUAUUUCCCAAACAAAUGAAUUAUUCAGUCAAACUAUGACAUCAAUAGACCAUGCCAGUUUUUACAUGUAAUUUAUAAUUAAUUUACCAGUUAGUACAUGUAAUUUAUUUUUAAUAUCUGUGGGGAAAGAUAAAACUCUCAUUGAACCCCUUUCAGGUAAUAGUUGUACACUAAUGUGUGCCAAACCAAUUGUAUCAGAAGUUCCUUAGGAUGCUAAAUUCACCAGCUAAUUGAUAUAAAUUAUAUAACUCAUUUCAUUACAGUGUCUAUCACAAUGUAUUAUGAUGAAGAACACAGCAAACUAUUCACAGCUUUUAAUCAGCAGGUAAAUGAGAUAUACAGCAUUUUUAAGUAACUAGAAACCAUUUAUCAAAGCUUUGUGUAUAUUAACACAGUUUUAUUAGGUUGCCCACUUUUACAGGAGGUAAGGUGGUUUAUUCAAAGCAUUAAGCUGCCAUCAACAGCAACACUUUUUUCUUCUUUUUGUUUUCCCAAAGCCUACAGUUUGGCUGCUGAAAGUAUUAUAUUCAAAAAAAACUUUUCUAAAAAAAUUUCCCUUUUUUCUGACCUGUUAGCUGACCCUGAUGGUGAUGAAGCCUGAAGUUAAAGACAGAAUCAUGAGCCAUGAACAUCCAGUCACUGCUGCCAUUUACAACAGCAAGUUUAACCAGGUACAUGAAAAUUCACAAACCAAAAACUGUCAUUUUUGUAGACAAAUUAUUUUAUUUUUUCAGAAUUAAGGGCCCAAUCUUUUUUUUUUUUUAAUGGUUCUUAUUUAUAAACUAAGCACCUCUUUCUAUUAUGUAGGUGGUCAGUGCAUGUACAGGAUCUGUUAUCACCAUGUGGAUGAUAGAAACUGGACAGAAAGUCAAACAAGUAAGAGGAGUUCUUCAUUGCAUAUUGCAAGUGUCAAUCCCAAGGUUGAUUAACCAGCAUUUAACAAAAGUUUGUGGUAAAAUGAUGCAUGCAAUAACAUUUUCUCGUAGUAGUUGUGUGACCAACCAGUAUCUAGGAAACUCAGGGUCACUUUCUGUCAAAGCCUUUAUUCUUUAAGGCUUCUUUUCUGCAGCUGCUUCAAUUGCAGGUCACCUGUGGGAUCAUUGCUUUGCUUAAAUAACAUCUUGAUUGGAUGUCAUGGUAUUUUCAUUUCUUCCAACCUUUCUUAUGUUAAAAUUUUUUUUUCUUUUAGUUUGCCAAUGCACAUGGUAACUCAGAAAUUACCACCUUGGCUCAGGAUGCUACAGAGACCAGACUUUUCACAGCAAGUGCUGAUGGUACAGUUAAGGUAUGACUCAGUUAUUGAUUGCUUUCUUUUUUGAUGCAUUGAGGAGAAAAUCUGUAUCAGGAAAACUGUUAAUCCCUUCUUUUCGACUGAGUUGAUUGAUGUCACCAAAGUUAGAUCAAGGCAGUAUGGUGGAGUGGUAAGGGCACUGGACUUGUACUCUGGUGGCCCCAGGUUCAAGCCCUCUAAACUGCUACUUUGGAUUUAUUCUUGGUUUCCCCAAGUUCAGCUCCUUGGGUGUGCUCUGUAUACAGCCAACUGGUUUGCCUGUGGGUUGUAGGGAUUUUUGAACACUCUGUUUGUUAUUCUUUCAUUCAUUCAUACAUUUUAUUCAUUUACUCAUUCAUUCAUGUAAAUGAAGAGCCUGAUUGGGAGAGGGUUAAUUAAGUGUAUAUUCAUAAAUGCAGAUGGGAGAGCUUGAUAUUUCUAUGAUCUUGUAAUGAUUCAAUGAUAUCUUUAUACCAUUCAUUUAUUUAAUCAAUAUGUUAUCUUAAUUUUUCUUUCAGAUCUGGGAUUUCAAUGGCCAUUGUCACCAUAUUUUAAUGGCUGGGAAUGGAGAUCCAGCAGAGAUCAGUCAAGUGCUUUGUUUAAAGAGGAUCAUUAUUGUGGUUGGGUGGGACAGGUAGGGGAAAAAGGCCACACCUUGGUUUGUUUAAGACUGGAUAAUGCUAUCCACUGGGUAAACCGCUAUCCAGAGGAUAACGGUUUAUGUUUUGCAAGAGCUUAUCUACUGGAAAGGGGUUUAUCCACUUGAUAGCACUAUCCAGUCUUUGCACAACCAAGGCUUGUUUUAUGUACAUAAAAUCUGGCUUUAGAUAAAUUAGGGCAGUAAGGAUUUCUUAUAGGGGGGGAGUCCAAAACUUCGAUUCAGAAAGCACAGAAAAAAAAUAUGUAUACUAGAGCCUGAACAAGCAAAAAAAAUACUCAAAGACAAGUAAAUUUGAAAUACUUGAUUUUGAGGAGAACUAUAAUGGAUCCUGAUUAUGAGGUUUAAAAAGUUUUGAUGUCAGACAAGUGAAAAAAAAACCCACAGGUCUGACGGGUGGAGGAGUUUGCCCCCCCCUCUCCCCCCUCCCUUGCGACCCUCCCACUGAAUCCCAUAGUAAAUAUAUUGCUGUGGAAAUCACACUGGAACAUCAACUUUGAGCCCACUUGGUUGCUUAUCUUACGUCAUUGGACUGAAGAUGUUCGGGUUUUUCGUUUCAUUUUUAAGUACUCUGACGCAGCUUAGGUGAAGUUACGUUUAAACCAAAACUGUUCUCUUGUUACAGGACCAUCUCUGUCUUCAGAGACAAUCAGCUGAACUCUUUUUAUGUCUACCCCUCAGAGUGGAAAGGAAGACUGGUAAUGAGUUCAUUUUCUCCAAGCGAUAACGAACACAGAACAUGCAAACCUCUUUCACCUGUAUUUGAAAGCAUUGAACAUUUGGAGAUUGAUGCCUUCUGACAAGUAACCUUAAAGUUCAUAUUUUUCCUUAGGAACACCAAGAUGAUGUUUUGUCCGAAGCGUUUUGUGCUCCAACAACACUGGCCACAGCAAGCUAUGAUGGUGAAAUUGUGCUCUGGAAUUUGAAUUCAGAGCAAGCUUUCAGACAUCUUUCUACGCACACUAAAAGGAAAACUACUCGGUCUUCCAGAAGAGCGAGAAAAACGGUACAUAUGCCACCCAUUUAUUUAACCAUUUGGCCCUUUAUAAUGACCAGCAUCCAAUUUCUCCCUGCAUUAUCACCCUUGAAUCACUCUUAAAGGUCACGAGAAUAAAGGAAAUGAUCAGCAACUAAAGAAGCUUGUGAUUGUUGAACAAAUUCUCCUUGUCAGCCACUCAGGAAAUGUAUAGAGAACAAUAUGGAGAAUAUACAUACUGAUCGAGGGUGUCAAGGGUUAAAAUCGAAAUUAGCUGGAUCUUCAUUUUUUGUCUUUUUUUUUUUUCUGUGUUGGUGUCUGGGUUUCUCUCCGACCGACCAACAAACUGAUAGACCCACUGACUGACUGGCUUAGUGUCUGAUGGGUGAAUGAUUAACUAACUCACUGACUGACCUACUGCUAAACCAACCAUUAUCUGAAUGAUUGACUUAUCAAUCGAUUGAUUGAUUGAGUGCUAGCCUGAUUGACCAAUCAAUUGGUUGAUUAAUGUGAUGUCACAUUCCCUGUCCAAUAACGUUAGAGUACAUCACUGUACGUGUUGAGUAUUUGUGAGUAUUUGUUCCUUUCAUAGAUGGACCUUACCAGUCCUCCUCAGCGAUCAGUGGAAGCAGAGACGUCAUUAAAGCCGCCUCUAACACAGAAUCGUUUAACCUCAGCGACUUCUGUAACGUCUGAGCGGCCACCGAGCGAGCAGGUACAAUGUAAAAUUGUCUUUAGUCAUAUUGUAGGUGGAGCGAAGAUUUUCUCUAAUGAUAACCGAUCGCGGGAAAUUAUGAAGCCUUGAACAAUGCGAGUGAACGAGAGGUCUGUUUGGGUCUAGCCUGAUUUUAGUACCAGGCUUCUGGUUAACCUCUCCUCAGAUCUUCCGAAAAGGGAGGGGGGGGCGUAGGUAUUACAGCGUCAAUAAUGAGGGCUUGCAAGUAUGUUCUUCGCACUGUAACUAAAUGCUCCUAGACGAGAAAAAACAUAUCAUGGUAAUGUUGACAAAGGUAUCCUAUGUAUAUUAACUAGUCUUUUGUGUGUUGGACAUUAACCAAUUGAUUCUGAUUGGUCUCAUCAGGAUGACUUUGGUUAUGCUGUCACUAAACUCAUAUUCCUCAAUGAAAGACCGAUGUCUGCGUCAAGUGUUGGAGCAAAUUUAGUGUCGUGUAACGCUAGUGGCUGGGUAAGUCUGUUUAGAGAUAACUUUUCCCAUUGAAACCAUGAUUGUUAUUACUUUGUUCAUUGGGCAUUGUGGCGCUUUUUCGGGCUAAAAUGAAGAUUUUGGCCCGCUUGCCUACUCGUGUAAUUGUUCAGCCUUUUUUAUUUUCUCAAAUCAAAGCCCUUCAAAGUGACAAUAGAGUUUAUGUUCUGGGGCUUAUAUGUGUUUUGGGCCCUUUUCAGAGUCAUUUUAACCCGAGCCGCUAAAAUGAUCGCAUGAUUCUGAGUCGUUUAUUUUGUGUUUAUUAUGGCAAAAACAUAACACACAACUAGAAAAAUAUGCUGAACUGUAAGAAAUGCUAUUAGAGACGGAAUAGGGUCAAGAGCUGCGUCACAGCUACAACAGUUAUAUAAAAUCUAGGUCCUCAUCGGCUCAGGCUUAACUAUACUGAGGUACCUCUGACCCAUUUUCGCUAUUUGCUAUUUGAAGCAUUCCUUACCAAACAUUUAACGUUACGGCAUGUAAUUUGUUGCCGCAACAGUGCAGCAUUGUUUACAAGUAUCAUAACAGUUGCGAAAAGUAAUAAUUUUCAUUUUGUUAUUUUACAACAGGUCCGAUUUUGGAAUACACAUAAGUCGUUGUGUAUCGGCCAGUUUUUAGCUCAUGAAAACGGUAAUCAUCCAGUUAUGUCGUCAUGAUUGACGUUUCCAAGCUUGAUAAAUUAUUUUAUUGUACAUUAGACUCACCAUGAAAAAACCCUAAUCAGUCGAUUGAUUCAUAUCAUGCUCAACCUUAUCCAAUAGUUGCUUAUUAUGCCUCCGAGCUCUGAUGCACAGAGAAAGCAUCGGUAACCAAUUUUUUCAAAGAACAAGCAGGACUAACUAGUCUUUUGUAUUAAUCAUCUCCUCAGCUGGAUUUCUAACGAUGACUGUGGAUGAAACAAACUCUUACUUGGUAACUGGUGACGCAGAUGGAGUCAUUAAAGUCUGGGACAUAUCAGAGUAUUGUAUCGCUUCUGUGACUGAGAAUGACAGCACACCACGUAGGUUAAUCUUUAUUUUUGAGGUUUUGUUGCAACAGAGCGUUUUUCAACAAUCGUUUUCCGACAGAUAACUAGACAACAGGCCGGAGAAUGUGAUCUCACAAGUCUUAAAAAUCUUAUUUCUUACCUACCCCAUUGCAGCCCUCCUCAAACAGUUCCAACCUCACACGGACACCAUCAACAGCAUCCAGCUAUUUACCCGCUCAGAGAGACUGCUGGUGCUUACAGCGUCCAGUGACUGCGCUGUUGCAUUGUGGGAUGUGGAAGGUCGCCAUAUUGGAAUAUUCGGGCAGGUGGGACUUUUCUUAAACCCUUGUUUUCAAGCUCUCUCAGUGCAAUAGAGAUAUAUUGACAUUCGUGGUACUAUAUGAUCGUUUUAGGUGUAAUAAUUUUGACCUUCAGUUCUGCAAAGGAAGCUUUUUUUCCGAUACUAUAUUUGGGCACUCAAUACAAAAAAAGAAACGUCGCUGUAGCCGCGAAUCGAGCAGCGUUUCUCUAUCAUUUCGUCCUUUGUCUCACUCUGCUUCGCCCUUCAACGCUUCAUAUCGCUCACAAAACUGCGAGCUGCGCAGGCUAAACAAGUUUUCCAUGAACAAGACAAGCUUUUAUCUAUAGCGCAUACACAAUAUAACUUGUGAGAGUUAGAAUUCUUUAGUUUCGCAUGUAUUGAUAUCGGGCAUGCUGCACAGUAUUGUAAAGAAGGCAAUUUGCCUUAUGUACUACUUAUUUGAUUUGUUAUGCCUGUCUUACCGUCAGGAAGAACAUUGGAAGAUUGAGCCAAUCUCCAUUGAAGAACGAGAAGCUGAGCAAGCAAAACAGGCUGAACAGGUUUGUGAUUCGCUGGCUCAAAAGUCGUCCACGGCUUUAUGUAACUUGUCAUGAUGCAUUUGAAUUGUUGUCUUUUUAUUUAACCAAUUGAAUUUUCAAGAGUGUGACCCUUUUGAAUAAGUUAGAAAAGAUGAACGCUGUACCUUUUUCCCUUUACACUUGUAGUAACACGCAAAAGAGCGAAAGGUCUCUAAUGUAUUUGUUUAUAUGUUUUCUUGGAAAAAGUGAAAACAUUUGAGGACAUAGCCUAUUGGACGCUUCAUGUUUUAAAUUUGUCAAUAAAGUAAACUUAUGUCAAACUUAUGGAGCUCUGCAUUUAAAACAGGCGGAAUCCGAUAACACCGACAAAGACGAGCCAGCUGAAGAGGAAGGCGAAACAGAUGAUGUACAACUUUUCGCUGAUGAAGGCUUUGACGCAGAGUUUAGAGUUUCUACUUGGGAACAAACCAUAUUAGGUAAGCUGUCGUUCUAACUUCAGUUCUAACCUUAAACUUCUCACCUUUUUAUUUCACUGAGACACAUUCUUGGUUGUUGUACAACGAAACUCGAAAACCGAAAAUCAGUCAGAAUCUUGUGGCUUCUGAACUCAACCAUGAAUGCAUUACUAAUUGAUCGGGUUCUCUUAUGAAAUCCAAAAAAGUAAAAUCAAUCGAAAAAAUAACUUGCGAUCAGGUUAGUAUGAUUAGUGCUUUUGCGCGAGUGUUUCUUCGUCUAGGGGAAAUUACGACGCCUUGAGCAACGAAGGUCGGCGAGAGGUCUGCAUGGAGUUUAGCACUGCAAAUGAGGGGCCCACAUGAUGAGGGCCCCUCAUUUCCAGUGCUUCCCUUCCCUUCAUUUCAAGUUACUAGUGCCAGGCCCCUCAGCAAACCUCACCCCGUCUCCUCACCCAAACUUCCCGCGGACGGAGAUGCACGCGUUACGCAGGGCUGAGAGCCUACUAGCAGGCUAUGAGAAAUGUGUUAAUAAUUUUUUUUUAUAGAGACUCAUUCGAUCUUCAAAUUUGGUUUUGGCUCCUAAAUUUUUAAUCUCUUUUAUAGAGUGCUGAGCUCUGAGUAACCAAAAACAUGUUGAUUGAAUACACAUUGUGCUAUUAUUUGUUUAGGUAAGGCCUAUCAAGAGAAGAGAAUCGAUAAACGAGAAAGACGACAGCCUCAAGUCAUCCCUGAUCUUCCAUAUCUGAACUGGGAGAAGACAGGACAGGCUCCAGCCGGACCCUAUGCGGUAUGUUCUUUGAAAGGUUCAUAAUAAAAAGAGAGGUUUUUGAAGUGAUAUGUAAUACUCUGCUUCAAUUCUACCGGUACCACUUUGUAACUGUGUUUUCAUAACAGGAAAACUUGGCCUGUAAAAGAGAAGUCUUAAAACCAUUGCAUACGCUGAUAGGACAUUAUUUUAGUGGCCUUUCUCGCGAUUUUAUGAAGCAUCAGAAUUGACGGUAAAGAAUGUGUUAGUGCAAACAUACCGGAACGAUUUGAAAUGUUUCAACAGUGACGGGCAAAAGGUGGAGCCGAACAACAGCUACAACUUCAUCUUCAAGCAAUUGAUAGUGAAGCUUUUUGUACCUUAUUUUCCAGUCUUUAGAGACGUCAGACCUUCAGGAUGUUGGUGUCAUUCAUAAGCCAGACUUUGUUGCUCAUCCAGAAAAGUAUUUCAGUGAAAGCUCAGCUGGGAAACGUCAAAGCGCAGAUACCACUGUACCUACAUUACCAAGUGUUACUGACAGUAAGUAUUUUUUCCCUUAUUUUUGAAAUUAGACUUGUCAUAUUACGGUCAAGUUGCAAAAAAGAAUGAAAUACCACAGCCCAAUUUUCAGUUUACUACCCUCACACUUCCUUUAUUGAAUUCUAUAGACCUUCAAAUGCGUUACGACGAAAGAAGCCUUUUUCCGAAAUUCAUCUUGGAAAUGGAAGCCAAAAUGAAGGCUACGCAUGCGCUGGGAAUGCGUGUGUCUCGUGGUGCACGUGCUCGUGGUGAUACUUUGCAGGCAAGAUCACGAGGUUCGCACGAGGUUCCUCAAGCAAAUAACAAGAAAAUGACGAGCUGGAAAGUACUGCUUACCAGUAAAGGCAAGGAUUUGUAACAGCAGAAAUACAAGCGAGGCUAGGCUCCGUGCAUGAGAAGAUCUUGAGAGGAAACCCUCCGCUACCCCUGCUGGCCAGAACAAGAACUGAGAAUUGAGAGUAUUAAUAAGAAUACUUAAGUUCUAUCAAUUGUAUCACGAUGUAGUCACUAAGGAUGCAGAUGGAAAAGUUUCGACUGUAUACAACUUUCUGCAAGCAGUUAGAGAACGGAGAGUUGUUUCUAAAAUUGUAAAUAAGUGAAUGUUCAAUUUGUAUUUAUAAAUCCGAUGUUUUAUUUCGUG